UGCGUCUCAUUCAAAAAUGGCGCUGUUCAAAUUCUUAUAAAAUUUGCCAAUUAUUCGCGAAGAGAACUGUUACGAACGUAAUACCGUGCUUUUUCUGUCGUUAGAUAAUCAGAAUAGUCCAUAUAUGUGAUUUGCUCGUUCAUAUAUUUAGUGUGCAACUAUAAAAACGAGAAAGUAAAAGUUACUGAGUUGUCAGUGUGAGUACCGCCAUUUUGUGAAACCUCAUUCAGAAUGAGAUUAACAGAUGUGCAGUGCGUAGCAGCUUAGUAUAUAAACGACAGGACGCAAUCAGCUUGGCAGACACUAGCAGCUACGAUUGAAGAAUUCAGAAGACACCAUAAGUGUUGCGUCGUGAAAAACGUUGCAUUUUUAGUGAAUAUCCGUGGAAAUAAUUGAUAGAAAAAUGACGAGCUGUGGUGACGUACCUUAUAAAGUGUAUUUACGAGAUGGUUCUACCAUCAAGGAAAUUCGAAGGCUCAAUAUGAAUGGCUAUGGAAACGAUUUUUCUUCCUUUCUUCUAAAGGUAAAACAAAUCUUUCCUGAUCUGGGUGACAAGGCUUUCACUGUUACAUGGAGAGAUAGAGAAGGAGAUGAGAUUAUAAUAUCAACUAAUGAGGAAUAUGAAUGUGCUAAAUUUGAGCUCACAAAACCAAAGAAGUUAUAUAUUACAAUUUCAUCAGAAUCUACAAGAAAUGAAACCACUAAUAAGGAAAAAUUGAAACAUCUUGGUGUAGUAUGUGAUGGCUGUAAUGGCGAAGUGGUUGGGUUCAGAUACAAAUGUGUAGAAUGCCCAGAUUUUGAUCUAUGUUCAGAAUGUGAGAUAGCAGGCAAACAUGCUGAGCAUUAUAUGAUUCGUAUAUCGAGUCAAUUAAAUUACCGGUACAACAGGAAAUUCCAUCGUCAUAUUGGAAAAGCUAUAAGAAAGAAUGGAAUACAUGAACAAAAGAGAUCCUGUUCCAGUGAAGAUCAUCUACCUAAUAAAAUCCAUUGUACUAUAAAGCCUUGGAUGGAAGCUUAUCUACCACUUCUUGAUGAUUUCAUUAGUACAGUACUAGAAGUGCCAAAAACUGAUACAAACACUGGCAAUGAAUCUCAGGCUCAACAAACUGAGGAUAAACCUCAAAAGGAACCUGCGCAUACGGAUGAGAAUGUUACUAAGAAAUUUCCUGGAGAAGGGAGAAAAUUGAUUGACAAAGAAAAUAAAAAUGAGGAAUCAGAAUCAGAUGUUGCGUCAGUUGCGAGUGAAAUAGAUGAAUGGUCUGUUAUAAAUAAUACUCCUGAAGUUAAUCAAGCAUCUUCAACUUCAUCGAAAGUAGAUGAAAGUAAUAUAAAAGAGGUUCCCUCUGCUUCAACGACUCCAUCAGCACCGCAAGAAACUUCAUCUAAAAAGAUUUAUCCCGGGUUACCAAAGCAAACUGUACAUCAUCAGGAUCCACUAAUCAACGAAGCUGUUGAAGCCAUGAUGAGAAUGGGAUUUUCAAAUGACGGAGGAUUAUUAACUGCCCUAUUGGAACACAAAAAGGGCAAUAUUAAUAGCGUUAUCGAGAUAUUGUUACCUGCAGAUAACAAAAAGUAAAUAUCAAGAUUUUGGCCCGAUAGUUUUAAGCAUGUUUUCUCUUAAAGAUUGCUAGUUUUUUUGCCUUUUCUAUGGAUUCAAAGAAGGAAAAAAUUUCAGUUUUGUGUUGGGUAUCAAUGUUUCUAAUUAUAAUACUUGUAUAAACAUAUUGUUCUUUUAUAUGUUAAACAUUCCUCUCAUGUACUACGUUCACUAAUAAAAUAUGUAAGCACAGUUCUAGCGAAAAGAUUAACGUGUAGUAAUAUAAAUAGUUAAUUAAAAUACAUAUAAAACAGUUUAAAAAAUGUCUCGGCACUCAUGUUUAUUUACAGAGAAAAUUACAAUGGUUUACAGAAUUGCCAAA